AUGACCGCCGUGGAGCAGGCCGCGCAGGGCCUCGCCCUCCCCUCGCUCCGCGCCAACGCGGAGGCGACCCUCCUCGAGUUCAGGCGAUCGCCCCACGCCCUGCCCGCGUGCCGCCACAUCCUCGAGCACUCGCAGGUGACCGAGGCGCAGUUCCAGGCGGCGUCGACCCUGCGCGACGCCGCCCUGCGCGACUGGACCGCGCUCCCGCCGCAGGAGCGCAGCGGCCUCCGGCAGUUCUGCCUCGGCGCCCUGCUCCAUCGCACCCCGCCGCCCGCGCCGGUGGUCGCCUCGCAGCUCAUGAGCACCCUCGCGGUGAUCCUCAAGCGCGCGUGGCUCGACGACGGCGUGGACCGCGGCGCGAUGCUGUCGGAGGCCGAGGCCGCGGUGACGCAGGCAUCCACCGCGGCCGCGCGGCGCAUCGGCCUCCAGCUCUUCGCCGCGGUCAUCUCCGAGUUCUCCCCAACCACCGCCUCCGCGAUGCAGCUCCCGUGGGAAUUCCACGAGAGGUGCCGCGCGUCCCUCGAGACCGAGUUUCUCGCGGGGCUGUUCGCGCACGGAUCGCAGAUCGCGCGAUCCGUCGCGGAGAGCGGCGCGGCGCUCAACGCCACGGACGAUAACGUGUGCGUCGCGUCGUUGAGGCUCAUGUCCGCCGCGCUCGCGUGGGACUUCACGAGGGACGGAGCCGCCGGCGGCCCAUUCGGCUUCAUCCAACCCGAGGGACACCUUCGACCGGCGGGAAACGACCGCGACGGCGAAGCCGCGGACGCCGUACGCAUCACCCCGGGCGUUGGGUGGAGGGAGACGCUCCUGGCGCCGGGCGCGAUGGACUGGCUCUUCCGCCUCAACACCGCCGCCCACGCAUCGUGCGCCCGGGCGGACGGGGCUUCAUCACACGGCGCAUCGGGAUCGGGAGGAAACCCGAAGGUUGACGCGCUCGCAGGCGCCGCGAGGGGCGUCGUCGCGAGCCUCUGCGCCCUCAGCGGGGACGUGUUCCCGAGCGCGAGGGAGGAACCGGGAGGGGAGACGCGGCGGCGGCACUUCGCGGCCUGCGUACGGGCGCUCCGCGCGGUGCUCUUGCCGGCGAACGCGGCCGUCGCGCUCGCCGCGGCGGGAUCGGCGACGGGGGAGGAAAACCUCGAGGACGGAGCGAGAGCGUUGUGCUCGCUCGCGGAGGUUCACCCGGUGGAGGAUUUCGUCACCCCGCUGGGCGCCAUGCCGGGUGGGUCCACGAACGACGCGGCGGACCCGGGCUCGAAUGAUCAGAACGCGCUGGGGAUGCUCGGGGAGCUCACGCUGGCGCUCAUCGCCGCGGGCGCGCUCCGGGGGGAACACGAGGGCGGCGCCAUGGAAGAAAGUCUCCGGAUGCUUCUGGACGCGUGGGGAUCGUUGAUCGGGCGAGUCGGUCAGUUCGGGUGCCCGCCCGAGCUCGCGAACGGCGCGGCGGCGGUGUUCCAGGCGUACCUUCACGGCGGUCUCGCCGCCGUCGCCGAGUCGGCGUACGACGACGACGACGGGCAGGAAGAAGAAGGCAAGGCGGGCGCCGCGGCGCUAGACGAGAGACUCUCCCUCAUCGCCCCGAUCGCGCGCGCCGCGCCCGACGCCACGCUGCCGCUGCUGCGCCAAGCUCUCGACGCGAAGAAGCGCGCGCUCGCCGCGACGACGGCUAACGGCGCCGACCCGACGACGGCGCUGGAGGAGCUGUGGUGGCUGGCGCGGCUCGUACCGCACGUCCUCGCCGACGCGUUCGACGGGGAGAUCCCGCUGCCGCCGGAUUCGCUCGCGGAGUGCCGCGCCCGGGCGACGCACGAGGAGCGCGAGUGUCCCGUGGACGCGCUCGCGGGCGAGUACGUGCAGUUGACGUGCCUGUGCCUGGACGAGAACGCGCGAAGGGCGCUGUCGCCGCGGCUGUUGGAGACGCUGACGUGGGGAUCCGCCAGAUGGACGGACACGUACCUGAUGUCGGAGGACACCGGGGGGUCUCUUCACGCGGCGAUCUUCGCGCACAACGCGCUGGGCGGCGGCGGUGAAGGAAGGGUGUACAGAGGCGCGAACAAGGCGAAGCCCGCCGCCUUCUCCGAGGCUGGAGGAGGCGCGAACGUGUUGGACGCGCUGUUGCGGGCGGCUUUCGUGUGCCUGACGGCGUGGCCGGGGGAGACGGGGGUGCAAAAGGCGGCGGCGUCGACCUUACUCCCCGCGCUCACCCGCCGGCGCGCGCUGUGCCGCACGUGCGUCAACCUCCCCGCGUGGAAGCAGGUCAUGGACGCGGAGUCCGUCGCGUUGGCGCACUCCGCCGCCGUCGCCGGCGCCGUUCCCGGGCAUCAGACGCUCCACUUUCCCCCGGAGAUUCACCUCGGCCUGAGCGAAGCGUUGGGUCGCGCCGCGGAGGGCCUGAACGACGAGGCGCAGUCGCAGGAGUACAUCGCGCGGGUCCUGACUCCCGUCGGGCAGGUCCUCAGCGCCGUCGCGGCGGCGCCGGGGGACAUGAAGCAUCCCGCGGGGGAGUCGAGAGCCAUCGCGGUGAUCCAGGCGCUGCGGGGGUCGGUUCGCGCGACUAUCGCGCGAUCGCAGGCGUCGGUGUUUUCCUUCUUUUCGCAAUCGUUCGAGGCGCUCCUGGCGGUGCAACGCGCCGGGGCGCACAGCGCUCAGGUGAGCAAGCUGAUACUGAAGCUCACCGAGGAGUUGGUGGCGAACCAGGCGUGUUUCCUGGGUCCCGCGCACGCGGGGGUGCUGUGCCGCCACUGCCUGCGGGUGGUGGAGGAGUACCGAGCGAGCGGACGGGGUAAGAUCGGCGCCACGGAAGGUGGCUCGCGGUCGCUUCGCGCGGAACGCGUCAAGGAGUGCUACAAGGAGGUCAAGGCCAUGCUACGCAUGCUCACGCACGUCACCAACUCGGACAACGACGUCGAGGAUGAGGAAACCGCGCGAGGGGAUUCGCACCGCGGGUCCGUCCUCGCCGCCGCCGCCGCCGGCGCGGCGGCUUCGGAGGGUCGGGUCCGCGGCGGCGCGGGGGUGGCCACGAGCGGCGAGGCGCUCGCCAAGGUGGACGUCGCGCAGGUGGUCUUCAUCGGGCUGAACACGGUCAUCCCGCUCAUCACCGACGAGCUCCUCACGUUUCCCAAGCUGUGCCACCAGUAUUUCGCGCUCCUCGCGCACAUGCUGGAGGCGUAUCCCGCCAAGGUUGCCGCGCUGCCGCCCGACAUGUUCAACUCGCUCAUGGGAACGCUGGAGUUUGGGCUGAAGCACGCGGACGUGGAGGUGGCGCGCGAGUCCCUCGCCGCCGCGGGCGCCAUGGGCUCCUUCCAGCACCACGCCUCAGUCGACGGACGCGCGGGACUCGGCGAUCACAACUUUUUGUCGGCAUCCUCGGGACAAGGUACCAUCCUCGCGCGGCUCAUGCGCACGACGCUGUCGCGGAUGAUCUUCGAGGACGCCGGCAUGGACCUGGUGGACGCCGCCGCCGACGCGCUGCUCCCGCUGAUGCUCGUCGAGCGCGCGGCGUUCGAGGGCGUCGCGGGGGAGCUGCUGGCCAAGCUGGAGGGUGACGCGGGUGCGCAGGCGAGGGUCGUCGGGGCGCUUCGAGAGCUCACUACGGGGAACGGUCUCACCGACAGGGUGGACAGGGCGAACAAGAGGCGGUUCAGGCGGAACAUGUCCACGUUCCUGACCGAAACGCGGUCGUUCGUGCGACACAACUGAUAG